UCCCAGCUACGGCGUGGGGCUGCGAACGGUCUGUCCCUGUGGCUCCUUCGUUCAUCCCUGCUGGCUGGUGAUCAUGGGACAGGAGCCGCGCACGCUGCCGCCUUCUCCUAACUGGUACUGCGCCCGAUGCAGCGAUGCCGUGCCCGGGGGCCUUUUCGGCUUCGCAGCGCGGACCUCCGUCUUCCUUGUCCGCGUGGGCCCGAGCGCCGGCGCGAUCCCUGGGACGCCCCCAUUUCGAGUCAUAGGGGAAUUGGUGGGACACACCGAAAGGGUCUCUGGCUUCACCUUUUCUCAUUACCCGGGUCAAUACAACCUCUGUGCCACCAGCUCUGAUGAUGGAACUGUGAAAAUCUGGGAUGUAGAGACAAGAACAGUUGUGACAGAACAUGCACUCCAUCAGCAUACAAUAUCAGCAUUGCAUUGGUCUCCUCAAGUAAAGGAUUUAAUAGUAUCUGGAGAUGAAAAAGGAGUAGUUUUCUGUUACUGGCUUAACAGAAAUGACAGCCAGCACCUCUUUAUAGAACCCAGGACAAUUUUCUGUCUUACUUGCUCACCUCAUCAUGAAGAUUUAGUAGCCAUUGGCUACAAGGAUGGCAUAGUGGUUAUAAUUGACAUCAGUAAAAAAGGAGAAGUUGUUCACAGGCUUCGAGGCCACGAUGAUGAAAUCCAUUCCAUAGCCUGGUGUCCCCUGCUUGGUGAAGACUGUUUAUCCAUCAAUCAAGAGGAAAAUUCAGAAGAACUUGAAAUUCCCAACGGUAAAGUUAUAGCACAAACUGCAGUAACAAAAGGCUGCUACUUAGCCACUGGAAGCAAAGAUCAGACCAUUCGAAUCUGGAGCUGCUCUAGAGGCCGAGGGGUGAUGAUUUUGAAAUUACCCUUUCUGAAGAGAAGAGGAGGGGGUAUAGACCCAACUGUUAAAGAACGCCUUUGGUUGACACUCCAUUGGCCCAAGGAUCAACCAACACAGCUGAUAUCUAGCUGUUUUGGAGGUGAGCUGUUGCUGUGGGAUCUCACUCAGUCUUGGAGACGGAAAUAUACCCUCUUUAGUGCUUCAUCAGAAGGGCAGAAUCAUUCAAGAAUUGUAUUUAAUUUAUGCCCUUUACAAACUGAGGAUGACAAACAGCUGCUGCUCUCCACAUCAAUGGAUAGAGAUGUGAAAUGUUGGGACAUGACCACCCUUGAGUGCUGCUGGACCCUGCCUUCCCUCGGUGGGUUUGCCUAUAGCCUGGCUUUCUCUCCUGUGGACAUGGGCUGUUUGGCCAUAGGCGUUGGGGAUGGCAUGAUCCGCGUAUGGAAUACACUCUCCAUCAGGAACAAUUAUGAUGUGAAAAAUUUUUGGCAGGGUGUCAAGUCCAAGGUUACAGCGUUGUGUUGGCACCCAACCAAGGAAGGCUGCUUAGCUUUUGGGACCGAUGACGGGAAAGUGGGAUUGUAUGACACCUACUCCAACAAACCUCCACAGAUUUCUAGCACAUAUCAUAAGAAGACUGUAUACACUUUAGCCUGGGGGCCACCACUACCCCCCAUUUCACUCGGAGGAGAAGGAGACAGACCUUCCCUCACUUUAUACAGCUGUGGAGGGGAAGGGAUUGUCUUACAGCAUAACCCCUGGAAGCUUGGUGGAGAGGCCUAUGAUAUCAACAAACUCAUCAGGGACACCAAUUCAAUCAAAUACAAAUUGCCUGUACACACAGAGAUCAGCUGGAAAGCAGAUGGCAAAAUCAUGGCUCUUGGCAAUGAAGACGGAUCAAUAGAAAUAUUUCAGGUUCCCAGCCUGAAACUGAUAUGCACCAUCCAGCAGCAUCACAAGCUUGUGAAUACCAUUAGCUGGCAUCAUGAGCAUGGCAGUCAGCCGGAGCUGAGCUAUCUGAUGGCCUCUGGGUCCAACAAUGCGGUCAUUUAUGUGCACCACCUAAAGACUGUCAUAGAGAGCAAUCCUGAAUCUCCAGUGACCAUUACAGAGCCCUACCGGACCCUGUCAGGGCACACAGCCAAGAUUACCAGUGUGGCAUGGAGCCCACAUCAUGAUGGAAGGCUGGUAUCUGCUUCCUACGAUGGUACAGCUCAGGUGUGGGAUACUCUCCGAGAAGAGCCUCUUUGCAAUUUCCGAGGACAUCGAGGUCGACUUCUUUGUGUGGCAUGGUCCCCACUGGAUCCAGACUGCAUCUACUCAGGGGCAGAUGACUUCUGUGUGUACAAAUGGCUCACUUCCAUGCAAGAACAUUCCCGGCCUCCUCAAGGUAAGAAAAGUAUUGAAUUAGAGAAAAAAAGGCUCUCUCAACCUAAGCCAAAGCCCAAAAAGAAGAAAAAGCCCACCUCGAGAGCUCCUGUAAAGCCGGAAGCGUAUGAUGGAAAUGAAGACGAGGGCAUCAGGGAGAGCUCAGGACCUGUUGAAAAUGGCGUGUCGGACCAGGAGGGGGAGGAGGAAGCCCGGGAGCCGGAGUUCCCCAGUGGCAUUGCCUCAGUGGCUUCUAGAGAACCAGUUACCUGCACUCCGGUUUCGUUAGGCUUUGAAAAGUCAAAGGUCACUGUUAAUAACAAAGUCACUUUACUGAAGAAGGAGCCACCUAAAGAGAAGCCAGAAUCCUUAACCAAGAAGCGAAAAGCUCGUUCCAUGCUUCCACUGACUACCAGCCUGGACCACAGGUCCAAGGAGGAGCUUCAUCAGGACUGUUUGGUAUUAGCAACUGCAAAACACUCCAAAGCAGAGCUAAAUGAGGAGGUGUCUACUGAUCUUGAGGAAAGAUUUCACCUGGGGCUUUUCACAGACCGGGCUGCCCUGUACAGAAUGAUUGAGGUUGAAGGAAAAGGUCACUUGGAAAAUGGCCACCCCGAGUUAUUUCACCAGCUCAUGCUUUGGAAGGGAGAUCUAAAAGGUGUUCUUCAGACGGCAGCAGAAAGAGGCGAGCUGACAGACAGUCUGGUAGCUAUGGCGCCAGUUGCUGGCUACCAUGUGUGGCUGUGGGCCGUGGAAGCCUUUGCCAAACAGCUGUGUUUUCAAGAUCAGUAUGUCAAGGCUGCCUCUCACCUACUUUCUAUCCACAAAGUGUAUGAAGCUGUAGAGCUGCUCAAGUCAAACCAUUUCUACAGGGAAGCUAUUGCAGUUGCCAAGGCCCGACUGCGCCCAGAGGACCCGAUCCUGAAGGACCUGUAUCUCACCUGGGGAGCCAUCCUGGAAAAAGACGGCCAUUAUGCUGUAGCUGCCAAAUGCUAUUUAGGGGCUGCUUCUGCCUACGACGCAGCCAAAGUUUUGGCCAAGAAGGGAGAUGCAGCCUCUCUUAAGACGGCGGCAGAGUUGGCUUCCAUCGUAGGAGAGAAUGCGUUGUCCUCUUCCCUGGCUCUCCGGUGUGCCCAGGAGCUGCUUCUGGCCAGGAACUGGGUGGGAGCCCAGGAAGCCCUGAAGCUGCAUGAAAGUCUAAAGGGGCAGAGACUGGUGUUUUGCCUUCUUGAGCUACUGUCCAAGCACCUGGAGGAAAGGCAGCUUUCAGAGGCCAGAAGCUCUUCCUACAACGCCUGGGCUGCAGGCACUGAAGGACCCUUCGUGGAGAGGGUGACUGCUGUAUGGAAGAGUACCUUCGGCCUGGAUAACCCAGAGCAUUGUCAGGCAGCACUACAGCAACUGCAGAGUAUCAAGUACCCAUCUGCUACAAACAACACUCCCUCCAAACAGCUUCUGCUUCACAUUUGCCAUGACCUGACCUUGGCAGUGCUGAGCCAGCAGGUGGCCUCCUGGGACGGGGCUGUGGAAGCCCUGCUUCGCGCUGUGGUCCGGAGCUACGACUCCGGAAACUUCACCAUCAUGCAGGAAGUGCACUCAGCCUUUCUUCCUGAAGGCUGUGACCAUCUAAGAGACAAACUAGGUGAACAUCAGUCCCCCACCACACCAGCUUUCAAAAGUUUGGAGGCCUUUUUUAUUUAUGGACAUUUGUAUGAAUUCUGGUGGUCUCUCUCCAGGCCUUGCCCCAAAUCCAGUGUUUGGGUAAGAGCUGCUCAUAGAAGGACAACUUCUGUUGAGCAAAGCCAGCAGAUAAACAAUGCCAGCCCUGAAGAAAUAGACUCCAAAGUUUCUCAGCCAGAGCCAAGCAGGCCUCCAGAGUUAGAUGUGAGACUCACAGAAGAAAGCGAGCAAAUGCUGAUCACUUGUAAAGAGCUUUUUUCAGAAAAGCACGCCAGUCUCCAAAACUCACAGAGAACCGUUGCUGAAGUCCAAGAGACCUUGGCAGAAAUGAUCCGCCAACACCAGAAGAGUCAAGUCUGUAAAUCUACAACAAAUGGUCCUGAUAAGAAUGAAUCUGAACAGGUGGCAGAACAGUCCCUCUCUAGUCCUCCAAGCGAGUGUAAAGAAGAAAAAAAUCAGCCACUUUCUCUGCCUGAAUUAACCAAAAGGCUGACGGAGGCAAAUGAGAAAAUAGCUAAAUUUCCUGAGAGUGUUAAGACCUGGCCCUUCCCAGAUGUGCUGGAGUGCUGCCUUAUCCUGCUUCACAUCGGGUCCCAGUGUCCUGGCAGCGUGACCCAGGACAUGCAGCGACAGGCCCAAGAGCUCCUUCAGAAAUACGGCAACACUAAAGUUUACAAAAGAUACUGCCAGACCUUCUGCACGUGAAUUUUCAAGGACCUUUAAGAAAACUGUGCCAAAUUCAAAACGUAUGACACCCUUCACCUUGCAGUUACACCGUGCCAAACAUUCACUCUGAUCCCUAGAUGUUUUUGCAGUGAUCUAAAUAUAACAAAUGAGGGUCAAGUUUGAAUUGACUCUAUUCUACCCUUAGACAUAAUGGAAUCGGACUUCGGACUCAACUGUGGUUUCCUCCUGGAGGAAGGAUCAUGAAAAGCCGGCAGUAGAUAUUCAGAACUAAUACCUGCAGGGUGAUUGUUGGUCAUCUCUAAAGCCUUAUGCAGGUUUCACCCAAAGAGGAGAAACUUUUUAACUACCCAAAGUGUUAUGUUCUUAAACACAAGCUACCUUUAUAAAUACUUCCCCUGAUGGUAAACAUGUCGUUCUUGUUGGAGAUAGAAUUGCUACAUUUUAUGAGUUGGUAUCCUUUUCCUUACUGGUUUUGUUAGCUUGGGUUCUCCCCUUCUGUCCUUCCAAAGACUUCACUUAGAAUGUGAAAUAGGCCUUUACCCAUCAUGUUGACUUUACCAUCCAUCUGAACUUUACGUCAAAAAUUUGGUUUUAUUGUUUCAUCUAAUUGCUUAUUUAAGAGCAAAUCAUUUACUAAAGCAUUAGAAGAACAAAUAACUAAAACUCAGAUGUGUCUUAUCCCUUCAGUUUUAUAAAAUGUAAUGGUGAUCAAAAUAGCUCAGGAAGAAAUUACUGUUUCAGUGGCUCUUAAUCUUUUUUGGAUCACAAGACCCUUUGAGAAUUAAAGCCACAGAUGGUCUUUGAAGAAAAACGAAUAAUUCUGCAUAUGUAACUUUUGGAUCAGUGGACUCCCAACUUCAGCAUAAUGGGAUCCUACAUACUAUUUAAUUGUAAAACCUGUUCAUUCUCCCCCCUCCCCACCCAUUAUUGAGCAUUCUCUUGAGGUCUUUUCUUCUCUCUGGUUAAAUAGUUGAACAAUGUCAGGAACAGAUGUUUCUGUAAUAUCCCAGUUGCUGGGGUGUAAAAAUCAGAUAGUCUGGGGUAGGGUCAGGAGGGAUCACUCUUUCCCAGUAAUAUAACUAUUUUCUUUUGGGAUUCAUUGUGAAAACUUUUCUGUGUGAGUGUCCAGUUUAUUUUUCAAUUAUUUCCUAAGUUGGAGUUGUUGUGAGCAGCAAGAAUAAAAUUCAUUAACAGGAACUCUAGGAAGGAAAAAGUUUGAGAGACUAUUAUUUAAAGAUCUGACCAGGGGUUUUGUUUAUUUUAACUAGACCUAGCUUUAGAAUUUAAAAAUGAAUUUAAAAUUUACAAAUAUUGUAGAAUUUAGAUCCUCAUGAUUCUUUACACAGUAACUUGAACUUGAGGAAGAAGAUGCAUUGUUACCAGGGAUGGAAAAUCUUCUUGGCUGCAAAGAUUAUACAUAGGCAUGGCUAUGUGGAGAACUAGGUAUCAGUUCUACAAUCUUUGCUGAAAUGAACAAAUGCUUCAACUUGCAGAGAUAGAAAAUAUUUAUUCCCUUCCACUUAAAGAACAGUAUUAUUAAACUAGAAAUUCUAAACUCCUUCAUGAUUUAUCAGAACCAUCAUCUGUGCUUGGAGGAAUCCUACACACUGCUCGGUUACUGCUUUGGUAAGAACAAGAGUUACUACUUGACAACUAAGCAAUAAAACUACCCAGAAGGUAACAGAAGUGACACGAUUCCAUUUCCUCCCAAACUCCUCUCCUCUUUCCCAUACUAGAUAAUGUAGUUAAAGCCAUUCCAAUUUGAAUAAAUGGUUUUCAUUUCUAUCUCCCUAAUUAUCAGAACCACAAAGAGCCAAAGCAACAAGGAGUUGACUCAAGCUUUCUAAGUAGGUAUCGCUAAGCAAAUGUAGAAUUAGUGUUGGUCCUUUACCCAGUCCAAACCCUCUAAUACAAACCACCAUCUCAUUACCCAGAUGAUUGCUCUCACCUCCCACUGUCUCUCAACCUGCUCUUAUUACUGAUUCUCCAUUCUUCAUAUACCAAUGAGAAGUUUAAAUUACAAAUCAGAUCUUACCAAUUUCCUGUUUAAAACAAUUAUUUCAGUACUUUCCCAUUGUUAGUGGAAAAAAGAUCAUCUUGCAGGGCUUCAAAGGCCCUGCCUGACCCCACCAUUUAUCUCUUGGCCUCCUGUUCUUAACACUCUCAUCCUUGUUUCUACAUCCCACCCACACUGGUCUCUUAGGCUGCUGGACCCCACCGAGUUUUCUUGUCAUCUCAGUAGUUUUGCCCAAGUUGUUCUUUCGCCUGGUCCCUCCUUAUCCAUCUCUUAGAUCUCAGCUCAAAUGUCCCUUCUCGAAAGACCGUCCCUGAACCACAACCUAAAGGACAUCAGUCUCCUGUACUUUACAGCUCACAAAUUAUUUUUGUGAAUUAGGUACUCUUUGGCAACACAGAUGUAAGCUCCAAUGAGGAUAGAGAUGAUGUCUUCCAUGUGCUGUUUUAUCCCUAGCACCUAUUUACAGUGUCUCGUAUCUAGUAGGUGUAUGAUGGAAACUUACGAACUUGAAUAAAUUAGGAAAUUGAAAGAAUAUUCAUUAAUAGCUUAGACUUAAAAGACUCAACUCAUUCAUACCAGCACUAGCUGACAAUUAGGCGUGUACUUGGUAGUCAACCUUACUAGGUUAGAACAGAAAUUUAAGAACAUUUGGCAAUGUAUGUGGAGGGGCUUGAAUUCACCCAUAAUUAGCAUUCUCUGGUUACUCUACAGGACCAUCCCUUUCUGAGCAUAACCAACCACUCACAAAGCCCUACACGUGUUCAUAGAUACUAUACAAAGCAAAGUUCUUGCCAGUUCUACUAAACUUGUGCACUUUCUUUAGCAACACUUUAUAUAAACUGUCUCUUAUCCCUCCCACUCAACAAUAAGUUCCUCAACCCUUCACCUCAACAUCUCUCCUGACCUAAGUCUCCUCAACCGCAGCAAAGAUAAAUUCCCUCUUUGAAUCCAAAUUUAGGACAUCUGGGGCACCUUGGUGGCUCAGUUGGUUAAGUGUCUGUCUUCAGCUCAGGUCACAGUCCCAGGGUCCUGGGAUCAAGCCCUACCUGCUCAGGGAGUAGUCUGUUUCUCCCUCUGCACCUCCCCCC